UGUCUUAGCCUAUGAUGAUACUGAUUGUAAUUGUAUACUCCUCAUUUUGUCACUGUGCAAUUUAUUUAUUAUUUUCCGUGAUACCUUGUGAUUCUUUCACUUUUCUUCCUUUUUAGCUUCAUCGCAUUCCUCCCCUCACCAGCCACAGAUAAAGAUCCUGCGGAUUAUAAGUAAAUAUUACGAGGAUGAAGAUGAUAACUAAUGUUUCCGAGUAUGAGGAAAUUGCAAAGGAAAAAUUGCCAAAGAUGGUUUUUGAUUACUAUGCAUCAGGGGCAGAGGAUCAGUGGACUUUGAAAGAGAACCGAAAUGCAUUCUCAAGGAUUCUGUUCCGGCCGCGUAUUCUUGUUGAUGUAAGCAAGAUAGACUUGACUACAACAGUAUUAGGCUUCAAAAUAUCAAUGCCUAUCAUGAUUGCACCUACAGCCAUGCAAAAGAUGGCUCACCCUGAAGGAGAAUUAGCUACUGCCAGAGCAGCAUCAGCAGCUGGCACAAUCAUGACACUAUCCUCAUGGUCUACUUCCAGUGUUGAGGAGGUUGCUUCAACAGGUCCUGGCAUCCGUUUUUUCCAACUCUACGUGCUUAAAGACAGAAAUGUGGCUGCUCAGCUUGUGAGAAGAGCUGAAAGAGCUGGUUUCAAGGCAAUUGCCCUUACUGUGGACACUCCAAUUCUUGGUCGAAGGGAGGCUGACAUCAAAAACAGAUUUACAUUGCCACCAAAUCUGUUAUUGAAGAAUUUUGAAGGUUUGGAUCUUGGAGAGAUGGACAAGACUAGUGACUCUGGUCUUGCCGCUUAUGUUGCUGGACAAGUUGAUCGAUCACUCAACUGGAAGGAUAUCAAAUGGCUUCAAACAAUCACGUCAUUGCCAAUUCUAGUAAAGGGUGUACUUACUGCUGAAGAUACAAGGAUAGCCGUACAAGUUGGAGCUGCUGGAAUCAUUGUUUCCAAUCACGGGGCUCGUCAACUUGAUUAUGUCCCUGCAACUAUUAUGGCUUUGGAAGAG